AAGAAAAAUUCCCAAUAUUCAGAAAAGGAUCAGAGCUCCUCCAGCAUAAUUAAGUUUUUAAAUAGUACAGUAUCCAAGUUUUCCAAGAAAGGUUCUUCUCAGAUAGCCAAUCACUUAGAACUGUAUGAAUCCACUAUGGAUUCUUUAAAAUUAUACUCUGAUGCUGACCGGAUUAGGUUCCUUCCAUGGGCAUUUGAUGAUAGAUAUCGUCAUUAUUUUACAUCCUUUAAGGAGAGAGGAGUACAAGAUUGGCCAAGUGUUUUGCAUGAGGUUAAAUUGGAAUUCGGACCAUACCGAACCACUACUGCUGCAAAACGGGACAUAUAUAGCCUUACGUGUAGACCCAAUCAGAGUCCCCGUGAAUUCCUCUCUGUCCUCAAAAAUGCCUAUGGGUUGGCAUAUAGAUCCCCAAAUUGGGAAUCUGAAGAAUUCAAGCAGUUAUUCUAUGAUGCUAUGCCAACCCAGAUCAAACUUAACUUAGCCAGAGAUCUGGAUAUUGAUGCUCCCUUGGAUAGGUUGGUGACGGCUGCCACCAUGCUGUAUAAUAUCAGUGAGUGCCAUACAACAGGUGAGAGAAGGUUUAAAAAUUCCCCAGAGCAAAAGGUAGCUGAAGCUAAGGUAAACCCUAACUUGGGAUUUGAAAGCCAGCCACGAAGAUUCCCUCAAUCUACAGGACCUUCUCAACAAGCCCAGCAACAACAGGUAGGACCGCCCAAACAGACCAAACCCCAAAAUAAUAAUGGAUCAGAGGGGAAUAAUUCAGGUAAUGGGAAGUCUAACUACCGUCCCUAUUACAAUUACGGUCCCCAGGGAUAUAGGCCCUAUAACACUAGAAGUUACCAGGGUUAUAGACGUUGGGAUAAUAGGCCCAGACAACAGAGGGAAGAUAGGCAGGAAUCCUUGAAUUCACCCAGGAGUAGGUCACCUACCAAUAACCAGGGUGCCCAACAAAGCCAAAAUGUGCCCAAACCAAACAGGUUUGAUCAGCUGGUAGAGCAAGUGGCCCAGCUGAGCAAUAUGGUAAAUAAGUUGUCCCAGUUAUCCCCAGAAAAACAGCCUAAUCCUUUUUUAGGGGCAACUGCCGGUCCCAGCAAUGUAACAGCAUAAAGCAGAUUGGGCCGGGUCAGAACCCAGGCCACUGUAAGGAUAUUAAAUUGAUUGUGGUAGAAUCUGAUGUGAUUCCUAAUUCUUUAUUUCCUUGCAGUACCCCUGACCCUGAAAUUAGGGCCAGGGGGGAAAUGUCUAAUAUGUCAUUUGUCUUGCAGUCUAAUGAUGUCAAUUCAGUUGACCAGAUGUCUGUUCCAGUGUAUAAUCACAUCGUCCCAGCAUCUAGCCAUGAGCCAGCUGUGAUUUGUGAUGUCACACAGCUUGUCCCAAAGGGGGGGGCUAACGCUGCUCCUCCAGCUUGUCCUGGGAGA